CGAACCGGAGGGAAGCUUUGAGCCAUUCUUAUACUCCAACUUCCCAAUUAGACCCUAGCAUCAUUUCUUUUCGCGUGCUCUCAUCUGAUCCGACCGGUCAUGGCAGAGAUUGAGCUUAAAACAGCCCCUGCUGAUUUUCGAUUUCCUACAACAAAUCAAACAAGACACUGUUUCACACGCUACAUUGAGUUUCACAGGUGCUUGGCAGCAAAAGGUGAAGAGUCUGUUGAUUGUGCAAAGUUUGCCAAAUUUUAUCGUUCUCUCUGUCCUGGUGAAUGGGUUGAGAGGUGGAACGAGCAGAGGGAGAAUGGGUCUUUCCCAGGCCCUCUUUGAUGUCACAUCAGCACCGUAGAUGGUUCUUCUGCAACAUAAAUGGCUCUGAUCGUUUCUUUAAGCUGUCUACAGUAUCUUUCAUCUGAAUUUAGUGGAACAAUAAGGCACGAAAUUGAGUUUUAUUUGAGUUUAUGGAACAGUUGAUCCCUUAUUCAUUGCGCGUGGACAAGUUGCUUCCAUUUUGUUUUUUCUUUUGUUGAUCGGCAGUUGCUCCGGAACUUGGAAUGGCUGUUGGCUGUCAUUUUCCGAUGUUCUGAUGGAUGAAUUUGUUUGAAGCAGAUAUUGUUCAAUCUUUACAGAUAGACCUCGUCGGCUUGGUUUGUUCUA